AUGCUCGACCCGUCAACGACUCCCGCCCACCGCACGCCGCGCGUGACGAUCGACGCCCUGCCGACCGAGGUCAAGACCCGCAUCGUUGAGUUUUGUCACGAGCAGGAUGAGCGGAUGCGGAGGUGGAUCGAAUGCCUCAGCGAGUUCGACCUGAGUUGGCCCCAGUACAAGUCCGUACGCCAGAAGACGAUGCGCGAUCACCCGAGCACGGUCGGCGUGCUGUUCGGCAUGUCGAAGACGUGGUCAGCCAUCGCCGCGCCGUUCCGCUUCAGGACCCUCUCCGCGUCAAAGAUGGAGUCCUCAGUCUUCUCGCAUUUUGUCGGGCCUCGCCAAAGCCAGCACUUCAGCACGUUGCGCCUCGACACCUGCCAGAACUACCCUGUCAUCACCGCCCUUCUGCCCAGCCUCAACCUGUCGAACAUCACCGACUUGGCCAUCGACGGAGCUUGGUAUACCGCCUCCAUCGACCCUUACGGAGACUUCGACCCGUCGUCCAUUCUGGUCGGCCAGUUGAAUGAUUAUGCCGCCCUUCCCGUGGCCGCCCUGCUCCGGCAAAUAAAAACGCUCCGACUCGUGCACGUCCGCCCAGCCGACUUCUGGCGCAUGAUGCCACACACUACUCAUCUCACGACGCUCCAUAUCACGACGUGCGUCUCAGACGGCCUGCAGCCUAGGCUCAGCGGGAUGCUGGUCGAUGUUCCCCAUCUCCACGAUCUACACCUUGCGUGCAAAUCCUCGACAAGUACAGAGCGCGGACAAUUCAGCUUCCAGCUCGCCAUCCUCGACACGCACCAACACGCGCUUUUCCCGCAACUUCGUCGAUUCUCGUACACGGGCGAGGUGUCCGCCACUGCAGUCGGAUUCGCCGCGCUGUUCAGCAAGUCCCUUGAAGAACUGACGAUCGACGCGAUUCAUGACGUGGACGAGAACGAAGGCCCUUCGCUCGGCGACGACUGCUUUGCGGCGUUGACGCACCUCAAACUCGCCGGCUCGUGGGUCAGCAGCUGGCCGAUACUCGAGUCAAUCAGCCCAGAACGCGCUCCGAAGCUGCGUGACUUGACGUACGAGUGCCUUGAAUGCGUCGACGGGCUUGAGGAGGAACAUACCGGCACCCUAGAAAUGGUCGACCGCUUUCGCAAGACCGCAAAACGCGCGCCGCGCGAAUUCAACUUCCACCUCCACCUCAACGCUGAUACCUGGACCGCGACGGACCGCGCAUUCGUCGCCGCCUACUCUGCAGAACACAACAAUCUGCCGAUCUGCCUGUCGUGCGACGAGCACAUGCCAUCUUUCGGUUGGUCGGACCCGUUGACCCCGCCAGCCGACGAAAUGCCCGACUCGCCACUCGCCCGCGAGGUUCGGGAGGACGUCAAGCGUACGCUGCGCUUUGUCGAGGAUCUCGGACGACAGCUCGAGGCGUCCGGCACUCCCGCCGACUGGUCUAGGGCGGCGGAGCUGCUCAGGGCGGCAGAGUUUGAGCGGUCGGUCAUGUCGAUGUAG